AUGCGAGAGAAGAGGCUGACCACCGUGCCUCCCGAUAUCAGAGAAAAUGAGUUUGAGGAGUAUCUAGCAACUGAUGACAUCCUUGUAGACUUCUUUAAUGAAUUCUUGAGCCUUCCAACUUUUUCAGAGCCAAUUAGAUUUAAUCCUGAUUAUGGAAUUUUUGAAGUUCUUAAUGAUGAUCCUCAGCAUUUGGAAGAUCAGCUGAAAAAGAUGCUAAGAGAACAGAAGCCUCGGAAUCCCAUUUAUGAUGUUACAAGGCCAAAGUCAGAAACUCCAAUUUUGAAAGAUACCAGCCCUCUCCCUGCAAACUUAGGUUUUGACCCAAGUUAUGUAGCAAAGUGUUUGGCUCGAGAACAGGCCAUUAACUGGAUUAAAAGGGAAAGAUUUCCAGCGUUUCUAGAAAGUGAUUGCUACUUUGAAUACAGGUUAGCUAAACUUAUAUCACAAGUGGAGUGGAGCAAAACUGGCACCAAUUUUAUUAUAGAUACAACAUAUUAUCCUUGGUACAGAAAAAGCCAACCACCACCCGAGGGCUCUGAAGAAGAGGAAGAGGACUUAAUUAUGAAACAAUUCUACGUCUCUCUUGGAGAGGCCACCGUCACCCAGACAAAGGAUUGGUUUACACUAGCCAAGCAAAGUCAGAACAUGAUUACUACGGAUUCCAUUACUCGGCCUGUGUCAUCUUCCCGUGUUCAGUUUUCUCCAGGGCCUCCAAAGUCUUUUUCAUCUCUAGAUUUCAGGCCUCUUCAAGGACUACAUAGCCAUUCUAGUACAAUUCUUAGGGGACAUCUGCAUGCCAUUUAUGGCGGUCAUUUAGAACUAUAUUCCAAGCUUAAACAACACUAUUCUUCUAUGGCACUUCUUGCGAGGCCAGAAGCCAGGAGCCUCAUAGAUGAAGGCAAUUCGUUGUCGCUUCCAGAGACUCCAUCACGCACCAUGCUAAGAGCAUACCUGGGGCAGGACUGGAACACUGUCAUUCAGGAGGGAGAUAAUGCAGACUUGCAAAAGGGUGAAGAAAUGGUUGCCUUUCAGACUGUGGAUGACUUCUCAUUAGCCUACGUUCAGUAUGUACUGAGAAACUCUGUUGUGGUGCUCGGUAAGGAGCUGCCCGAUGCUAGGCCGUCGGAUAUAGAUUUCCAGAAAGUGACUAGAGUGUUUAUACAGGAGAUAGCAGACAGUCAGCCUUACAUGGAGCCACCCCUGGAGAAUACGGUGCUCCUCGGGGAUAAUUUAGAAGAUAAGAAAAGCGAUAUGAGCAUCAGUUUAAAAUCUGAAAAAGAUAACUCAGAUGCCAGGGCUUUCUGGUGCCUUAGCCACAAUACCUAUGACAUUGGCAGCAGAAAUGAAUUUGAAAGGUUCAAGAAGUUCAUCAAAGGAACUGUGGGAGAAAGAUAUCGGUCGCUCUGGAUAGACAUUGAAAGACUGAAAGUUAUGAAGGAUCCCAUGAGGCAGAAAAGACAGCUUGAUAGAAUGAAAAAGAUCUACUUUGUGAGCAAUGGAGAUCAUUACCUUACCUCUGAGGUUUUGUUUAAACUAAAUCUGCUAGAUGGAGAUCAGUGGCACGUACAUAACUUAAGAUGUAUCCAGUCUGAAGUCGUGAAACCCUUGCUUCUCUACUGGGGUCCCAGAUUUUGCGUCACUCAUACAGCUGCCGUAGAGGCUGCCAGUGCUAAGCUGAAGAUCUGGCAUUCUCGGCAGCAGAAACCACGGCUGGAUGUUGACCCUUUCCCGCAGAUGGUUUCUCUGUUGCCCCUGCGAGCAAAAUCGUGCAUGCCAAGACUUUUCCAUCAACAGAGAGGCGAAACCAGGCCACCGUCACCUUUAUCAAAAGCAGUUAUGCCUGACCAAAGGCCUACCAGGAUAUCAUCAGCAGUCUUGCCACGGAGUCAAAGUGCCGUCAGAGAGGAUUUUGAUGCCUGGAGCCGGUUAGUAGAUACUAGCACAAAGAGGCCGGCAACAGUGUGCGUCGACGUUACUCGUUUGACCCCAGUUCCUGACAAAACUGACUAUCUGAAGCCACAGUUGGAUAGAAAAUACACUUAUGCAGAAGUGAUCCCUGGCAAAAUGUCCCCAGAUAUUUGUGAACUGGGGAGUUCUAAAAUGGAAAGAAUGCUGCAAUCUCUUAACACAGAAAAUCGAGCUGGCUAUGUCUUCACUGAGUUCUGUGAGAAAUCUGGAAAUAAGUUGUGGAAGAACAGCACGUACUUUUGGUUUGACCUGCAGGAUUAUCAUCAUCUUUUCUACCAAGAAACCCUCCAUCCUUACAAAUUAUGCAAGCAGGCUCAAUUCCUUUACGCCUCUUACAUUGCUCCUUCUGCCAGUAUGGAUAUUGGACUACAUCAGAUUAAGAAAGAUGAGAUUUAUCGGAAAAUCGAGCCACCAUUUGAGGAUCUUUUUGAUCCAGCAGAAGAAUAUAUCCUCAGCCUUCUUUUGGUUCCAUGGAUGAAGAUGCUAGAAGAAGACAGAGUUACAUAUGAAACGGUGGAGCUGGUGGAAGAAACUCGACAGCUGGACUCAGUGUACUUUAGAAAGCUGCAGGCUUUGCAUGAGGAGACCAUUUCCAAGAAGGAUGAGGGAUUGGCGGUUGAAAAGAAGAUCCCAGGGCCUCUUGAUACUACUAAAGGCACAGAGCUUCCAAGUGAAGCCCCUGACGAAGUUGGGUCGUACAGGCUUGCCGACUUGAUACGCAACAGACUGGAUAUGGAGCAGUUCCGAUGCUUCCUCAGACAGCACUCUGCAAGCACCGACCUCUUGUGCUGGAUGGACAUUGAGCAGUUCAGGAGGAUGCUCCACAAGGACAAAAGACAAAGAGAAGAAAAAUCGAAGGAGAUUAAAAAUAAAUACCUAAACAAAAUGUAUUUUUUUGGACCCAACAGCCCAGCUACGAAAAAGGAGCAAGAGCAGGUAAUGAAAUUAGGUGGAGGCUGGGGAAGCGUACUUCAUGAGCAAGUUCCUCCCUUGAUCCUGGUGGAGAUUCAAAAGUAUGUCCGGAUGAGACUAGAGAAAAAGUGGUUGCCGCUGUUUAUGAGAAGUGAAGAAUUUGGGCCACAGAAAAAAAUGAAGCCGCACCUGCAAGAUGCUGCAGAAGAUAUCUUAAUUCAGAAACAUGAGAAGAAAGCAGAUGCAUGGAAGCAUGUGGACAAUAAGUGGGUUUCUUCAUCUAGGGAAGUAAUUAUUUUCCGCAAAGCCUUGUUGAAUCCAAUCACAGCCUUUCAGUUCCGACGCUAUGUGUCUCUCAAAGGAGAUUUACUGGAGAACGGAGUGCUCUUCUGGCAAGAGGUGCAGAAAUAUAAGGACAUGUGCCAUUCCCAUUGCGAUGAUGCCACUCUCCAAAAUAAGAUCACAACCAUCAUCAACUGCUUCAUUACUUCUUCCAUUUCACCGGCUGUGCAGAUUGACAUACCCGAAGAACAGGCCCAGAAGAUUGUUGAGCAGAGGAAAGAGUUGGGUCCUUAUGUGUUCAGAGAAGCACAGAUGACUAUUUUCGCUCUUCUGUUUAAAUUUUGGCCACAAUUUUGCGAGUUCCGAAGCAAUUUGGCGGAUGAAGACAUUUUGGCUCUUCUGGAAAGCCAAAGAGGAAAGAAACUAGAGAAGCAGAGAAGAGCAAGUACAGAAGAGAAAGAGAAGGUGCAAUGGAAAAAAUCUGUCACAUCUUUGAAGACACCUUCUACUCUUGAGGGUAAAGCAAGUAAAAGUGAACUUUCAUCUACACCAAGCUUUACAGGAUACGGUCGACAGCAACUUUCCUGGUCAUAUUCAAAGUACAUUGAAGCUCUCCAGCAGGAAAGAGUACUUCUGAAGAUUCAAGAGGAUCUAGAGAAAAAAUCAUUAGCACCAUCAAUUUAUACAGGUAUGUCAUCCAUUUUCACUCUGAAGAAUCAUCAGCCAUGGGGACCAGAAAAACCUACUGCCUCAACCACCUUUGCCUCCGCUUUCGUGAAACAACGUAGUUUUCAUUGA